CAGUACAGACGACCACGUGAAUCAGCACACUAAAUUCUAAUGAGCUGCUUCCUUCUCAUUCACUCCUUUGUCGACGCUCAAGAUAGAAGGACUACAGUCAAGCCCUAUUCGUUUGAUGGAGUCCAGAGGACGGAACGUACUUCUAGGAUUAUUUCUCUUCUCCUCGAUUUCUGCUUUAUUUGCUGAUCUUCAAUGCAACACAGCCACGGAGUACAAAAUGAACCAGCUCUCCAAAUGCUGCACCAAAUGCCAAGCUGGAGAAUACAUGGUCGAGAGGUGUACAAGAGGCAGGGAUACUGUGUGCAAGCCUUGUGACAAGAAUUAUUAUAAUCCAAGCAGAAACAUCAAGAGAACUUGUGACCACUGUACAGUUUGUGUAAAUGAUUUGAUUAACAAGGAACAAUGCACUUCAACCUCAAAUACCAAGUGUCAAUGUGUGCCAGGACUACAGUGUGUAGAUGAUGAAUGCACAAGAUGUGAACCAACCAAGGUCACAACCAAGUUUCUACCUACUAAUGUAACACCUAGAGCUGAAAACAUAAUGGUUAAACCAUCAACUAAAGGACAGCUAACACAACACAGAAUUGUUUAUACAAGCCCUUCAGAGCAAACUGAUACAUCUGGAAAAAGUCAUAACAUAUUGGAAGAUAGAGGUCUGUAAUUCACAUUUUUUACUCAGUUUGAAUAAAUAUGCUUAUGGUUCAUUGUUUUAGAGAACAUUAGAUGGACUUGUUUCUCUC